UGACGUGACGUACCGAAGCCAAUCAGCUGCUUCCAUUUCACGGUGGGCGUGACGAGCACGCAGAGACCAAACACCGCAGCUAACCCGAAUAAACAACUAAGUUAGCUUGUGAGCUAGCUAGCAACUUCUGAAAUGGCGUCGUUAUCGGCGACAGAAGCAGCGUUAUGCCCGGCUGCAGAGUCCAUAGUGCCCGCUUGUAUGUUUGCACCGGACCAGGGAUGUGCCGACGACCCGUCCGGGGAAGAGGGCUUUGAAGACGGCGAGGGUACUAACGGCGAGUCCGCGGAUUAUUUAAACCUAUGCAGCAAGAUUGUCCUUGUGAGUCCAACAGGGGAACAGUAUGAUUCAUUGUUAAGGCACCUGAGGGAGCUGAUAGAUGAGGGCUGUGGAGAGACAAUCUAUGUGGUGGGAAUGGGCUCAGAUGGAGGUGACUAUGGUCUCGAUGAAAAGGACAUGGAGGCAUCAGUCGCCACAGUGAGGUCGCUCUGUGAACAAAUCGAGGCUGACCUAAUACUUCUGAGGGAGAGAACAGACACUGGGGGAAAGCUUCGCGACUACCUCAUCCGCAGGCGUGUGGGGGAGCAGGAUUUCCUGGAAGUCAGAGUGGCGGUGGUAGGGAACGUGGACGCAGGCAAGAGUACUCUGCUGGGGGUUUUGACCCAUGGAGAGCUUGACAAUGGCAGAGGCUUUGCUCGCCAGAAGCUCUUCAGACACAAACAUGAGAUGGAGAGCGGCAGGACCAGCAGUGUGGGCAAUGAUAUCCUCGGUUUUGACCAGGAGGGACAGGUUGUGAACAAGCCAGACAGUCACGGUGGCGGUCUAGACUGGACGAAGAUCUGUGAGAAAUCCUCUAAAGUCAUAACCUUCAUUGACCUGGCUGGCCACGAGAAAUACCUCAAGACCACCGUCUUCGGCAUGACGGGACACCUGCCGGAUUUCUGCAUGCUCAUGGUUGGCAGUAACGCUGGCAUCGUUGGCAUGACCAAAGAGCAUCUGGGUCUGGCACUGGCUCUCAAUGUGCCGGUGUUUGUUGUGGUUACAAAGAUAGACAUGUGUCCAGCCAACAUCCUACAAGAGACACUCAAAUUAUUACAGAGGUUAUUGAAGUCACCGGGCUGCAGGAAAAUCCCUGUGUUGGUCCAGAACAAGGAUGAUGUCAUCGUCACAGCCUCCAACUUCAGCUCAGAAAGGAUGUGUCCAAUCUUUCAGAUCUCCAACGUGACGGGGGAGAACAUGGACCUGCUGAAGAUGUUCCUCAACCUCCUCUCCUCGAGGACAAACUUCAGCAACGACGAGCCUGCUGAGUUUCAAAUAGACGACACAUACUCAGUACCGGGCGUUGGCACAGUAGUUUCAGGAACUACGUUACGAGGAAUGAUACGACUCAACGACACGCUGCUCUUAGGCCCCGACCCGCUGGGCACCUUCAUCCCCAUCGCCGUCAAAUCCAUCCACCGCAAGAGGAUGCCUGUUAAAGAGGUCCGCGGUGGACAGACGGCGUCUUUUGCCCUCAAAAAGAUCAAACGAUCAUCGAUAAGGAAAGGCAUGGUGAUGGUUUCUCCGAAGUUGAUGCCCCAGGCCACCUGGGAGUUUGAGGCAGAGAUUUUGGUGCUACACCACCCCACCACGAUAUCCCCAAGAUACCAGGCCAUGGUCCACUGUGGCAGCAUCAGGCAGACAGCCACCAUCCUGACCAUGAACAAAGACUGUUUACGGACAGGAGACAAAGCCUCAGUCCACUUCCGCUUCAUCAAGACCCCCGAGUACCUUCACUGUGACCAGAAACUGGUGUUCAGGGAAGGACGCACCAAAGCUGUGGGCACCAUCACCAAGCUCCUCCAAUCAGUGAACACCCAGGCAGCUAAGGCCCAGCAGGCCAAGAUGCUGGCCAGCAAGAAGACUUUUAAAGACGGCACAACAGCCAGUGAGGAGGCUGGAUCAUCAGCACGGCCGCCCAGUCCGAAUGCAGCACAGCUUCCAACAGUGGCAGAGGAGGAGGCUCUGUGUAAAGACGGCAACAAAGAGAACAAGCUCAAAUCUGGAGGCGGUGGCCGCAGGAGAGGCGGUCAGAGACAUCGAGGGAAAGGCCUGAAUGCUGCGACAAUCUCAACGGCGGUUCCUGCAGGAACAGCAGGCACAGCCUGAAAAACACAAACCUUUUAUUUCUCCUCAGCUCUCCUCGUCUUACAGGGAGGGAAAGUGACAGCCAUCUGGUGGUUGUACACAAAGACUGAUGCUCAUUUCUUUAACAUAAAGGAUUCCUCAACUAUUUCGAAAUCUUUUCCCCUUUUUCUCAAUUGAAAGGUUCAUUGGUGUUCUAACUUGUGGUCUUCUGAAUAUGAUAACUUUGGGUUUGAGUUUUAUUAGAGUUUUCUGAAUUUGUAGACAACAUGGUGUUUUUAUUUUAAACAAACAUUUUGGGUGUCCAUCCUGUUUGUAGUUCAUCCGAACUUAUUUGACUGCAUGACCUGUUUUUGACGAGUACAGGCAGAAGUCACUUUCCCUCCCUCCACAAUCUGAUUUCUUUUCUGUUACUCCUGUUCUUUGUCAUUCUACAUCCUCUCACUUUCUCAGCCCCCUCAAUGUCCACUAGCUCACUGUCACAUUAGUCAUUUCAGGAAGUAGACUGUGUUCAGCAGGUGAAAGUUGAACAGUAAUUUCUUUAAAAAAAAAAAGAAGCUACUCAACAGUGAGACUGGCAGUUGGAAUUUAUUUGGGAAUUUGUUGAACUGAAAGGGAAUUGAUGCAGAUCAUCUAUGGUUUCUGUUAAAAGCAGAAAUAAGAAGUUUUGUUGGUUCAGCUUACCAUUCUGUUUGGUAGUCGCUUAAGUUGUCCUCUGACAAAACAACUUUUCUCAUGUUCUGGAGCCGAGCUUCAUCCUGU